UUGGGGACGCAGUUUAUGGCCCAUCCCUUAUUUUUCCCUCAGGAGGACCACAGCUCCCGGCAUACAGUGCGGCAACUGCGUCUGAUCGGCUGGGCCCUCUCCGUCUUUGGUUGCGGGCGAGGAAGGGCGCGGUCGCUCCUACUUGUGCAACCCGGGGCUGAGGCGCGGGUGCAGGCCUGCGACUCUUGUGCGCUGAGGUGGGGGGACGGUGCACGUCCACAGUGUGCGCUGUCCGUGCUAGGAUGCCCUUAGUCUCACACGCCGCCCGGAAGUCUUCUACACCCGGGUUUCUCAAACUUCAUUGCACAGCGAUCCCCGUCUGACAACAAAAAUUACUACAUGACCCCAGGACGGGGGCUGAGCUCUGCUGCUGCCCGGAGGAAAGUCUGAGCCUGAGCCUGCUGCUACAGGUGGUGGGGAGGGGGCAAAGCUAAAAACCAAGGGCUUCAGCCCCAGACAGGGGGCCUGUAACAUGAGCUGUGCUGCCCUGGGCUGAAGCCCUUUGGUUUCGGCUUGGGCCGUGGGCAGUUGGGCUUGGGCUUCAGCUUCCACUCUUGGCAGUGGCAAAUCUAAGCCAGCCCAGUGACCCCAUUAAAACUGGGUUGUGACCCACUUUGGGAUCCUGACCCACAGUUUGAGAACUGAGGUUGUACUCUGAAGUGCGAAGGUGCCUGCAAUUUGCCCACAGCCUGGUGCUGAGUUGCUGACAAGGGUCCCUCGUUGCUGGUGCUGUUUGUUUAAAAACAUUGCAGUUACCAUUAUGUGAGCAAAGUUACCAAUAUGAGAGGAAAGUGGUCAGGGAUAGUUUUCCGAAGAAAUUGGCACCUGAUGGUGAUGAGGCAGCUGUGUAAAUUCUAGGGGACUUUCUUACUGUGCUGAGAGAGAAAAGGGAGAAAAAAUUAUCUAGAGUCUACAUAAACCACAGAACUCCUUUAACAGCCUCUAUGUUCUCUGCAUAUCUGAAAAGGGCUACGAAUUAAGAGCCAUAUACUACAGGGGAUCUUCCAAUGGUAACAAAAGAAGGUUUGCACAAAGAUUUUUACUUACUAUCUUGGUUGUUCAAACACUUCAGAAUAAAUGGAUCCUGAUCAAAAAGAAGAAGAAAUGUCAUCAGAUAAAACAACUAAGGGAAGUUGUAAAAAGGAUGCUCAGAAAGCAAUUCUGAAGAGGAUCUCUCAAAGAAGAGAAAGUGCUAGAAAAAAGUUGACUGAAGACAGUGAACAUGUUAUUAGGCAUCAAACAGAAGAAUUUGUAGAUCAGAAUUUCCAGGAGGAUGUGGCUGAUGUAGAAAAACAAAGGCGUGUAACUGAAGCAUUACGAGGUAGAGUAAGAGAGAAACUGAAAACAUACAAGCUACAUUUUUUGUGUGUGCGAAAAGCUGAAAGUUCUGUCAAUUUAGAAAACUUUUCUGCUGUGCCACACUGUUCAGAGCACCUCCAAAAGUUAAGUACAAGAUCUGUAAAAGUUGUUGUACAAGAAGAAAAGUCAACAGACAAAAGCCUCUCUGAUACUAAAAUAUACCAGAAAAACCUUGAAGUGAGGACUGAGACAGAAAUCUUAUCCGAUGACAGUUUAGCAUUUUUUAUCAUGACUGGUGAAGAAGGCUCAGAAUUAAAAGAUUUGGACAAAAAUACAUAUCAGCAUAAAUUAAUACAUGACAGUCAUCGAAACCUUGAUGUCUUGAAUGAUGAAAGUAGUCCUCUGCUUGACAUUGUGGAAGAAGUUUUAUUGCCGGAUGUGCUUGAAGUGAAAGCUGCUGAAUAUGAAUGUAAUGAACUGCGGAUUAACAAGCAAUGGGAACAUCUUUUUGUGCCAAGCAGUUCUCCAGUGGUUCACAGCUUUAAACUACCAAAAGGCAUGAUGCCACGCAUCUUAGAAGAUGAAGGAUUGUAUAUUCCAAGAAAACCAGAAACUUGUAGGAGAAGUUACAACAAAAUGGAAAAUCGUCUUCUGAAACAAGAAGGGGGAAAAAACUGGUUUGAAGAAAGUGGGGAAAUAAUUUCAUUACCUUCUCCAAUCAAACAAUCACGAAACUUCAGAAAAUGUUUUCCUCUUAAGACUGGUCCAGGAUUAAAGACAAUAUAUAAGAAGGCAAUGCUACCUGAAUUGGAAAGCUGCAUCAUAACUAAAUCAGGGGGUCAAAGAGAACUUUAUCAACUAGAUCUCAAUAUAUCAAGUUUAUUGUUCAGCCACCAUCCUCUUUUCAGCCAAGAACAUGUGUUGACUGCUAGGUUGCUCCAACUUUAUGAAUGCUUUCAGAACAGACAACAGCAUAAUAUAGCUCUCUUGCUAUCUGAAAAGCUUAAAGCAUUAAUAAAUGCUACCAAAAUAGUAGAAAGUGGUUUGGAAGCAAGCCAACUGAGCAGGAAAACUUUAGAGGACUACCAAUGGCAAAUAAGAGAUACCAAGAAAUUGUAUGACCUAGAACACCAAAAAGAUAUUUCUUUAAUACAUAGUAUGUUAAAAGUCUGGAAACAAAUAAAAUCUGUACGUAGACAGCAAAACUAUACAAGUACACCUGUAAAAUUACAGUUUCAAAAAAGGCUGACAAAGAAAAAUGAUGAGGAUGCAUAUAAGGCAGGAUUAGCACAAGAUGCUAAAAAAGACAGUGGGAUGGAGGGAGAAGAUAUCGAUAACCCUGACGAUAUUUCACAGACCUGGGGAAAACAGAAGGGAUGUUUGGAUUCAGCUCCUCCAUUGGCGAGUUCAGCACAACUUGCAGAGAUAAAAGAACCUUUUUUCAUACCACAUCUCACUUUGACUGCAGAAAUAACAGCAAUGUCGAAGUGUCCCAUGUAUGAACAGAAGAGAAGAGCCAAAGUUCAGCGGCAACAGUAUUUUAUUAAAAUAUUUUACAAUGAAAAACAAGUCUCUUGCACUUCAGUAGCUCCCCUACAGAUGGAUUUUAGAGUAAUGUUUCAGCAAAUUUUUAGUAUUCAGUUAUUAAAUUGGCCCGAAUCUCUUCGAUUGGAGAUUUGUGAAUCAGCUAAAAGGACAAACGUGCUGGCCAAAAUAUAUUUACCUAUUCCUGACAAUACUGUACUGAAAAGCAAAGGUGUAUUGGAACAGGCGGAAUUUAGCUGUGACCAGCAAGUUAAACCCAUAAAUGGAGAAGUGGGAAGCAAUGUACCUUUUCUUCUGGAUGAAAAUGAAACUGAAGAGGUGUAUCUGUUGACAUCAGGAAAACUAAUGUAUUCCUUAUCCUGGGCAGUCGAUGAGGGAGGAAUUCCGUUAGCCCCUGAAUCUCAGAAAAUAAUCUCUGCUUGUUACAGUGUGCCAAGAAACAUAAAUGCAGAAAUAGCUACUGGACUCCUGUGGUUCACUGACCAACAGAAACUUACUGAAUGGGCCAAAGAAGUCAAGAUUGAUCCUAAUGACCCUGAGUAUUCAGAUUUGAUGGAAUUCAUUAUGUAUGCAAGAUCCAAGGAACAAACUGUGUCAAAAUAUUUUCGUCUUGAACAGCUGCAAGAAGAGUUUAACUUUGUUACUGAAGAAGAGAUUAAAAAGUGUAAACGUUUCCAGCUGUUGCAGCUUAGGAACUCAGAGCAGUUCGAUUUCUGCCAUUUUCAGCAAAUACCACUGUAUGAUAGAGAGAUACCAGAUGCAGUCAUCCAGGAAUAUGAAAGCCAAUUAGAGAAGGAUAUAUCAAUGACAGAUGUGGAUCCUAUUACUGCACAAAGGAUUAGGUCUGCCAACUUUAUAAGGAAGAUGAGAAAACUAAUUUUAAAGCGACUUGUCAAAGUUAAGCACAAAUUUAAUUUAAUGGAUAUUGUGAGCGAUUAUGAAGAAAUUAUAUCUAUGAGCCAAUUGAGGAAUGCAGUUUUUAAGCUAGGUGAACGUAGAAGACAUUUAAAGCCGCAAAGAAAAGAGAGGAAAAAGGUUCCAGCGCAGACGGUCUCUGAUGGAGAUCUUAAGCUUCUUAUCAGAGUAUUGAGAGCUUAUAACAUUCCUUCAAGAAAUCCAUCAGUUAUUAGACCUGCAGGUGUUCAUUCGUCAACAUAUGCAAUUAAUCAGCUGUCCCGGAGUCAACAUCUACUAUCAGGCAAAUCAUCAUACACAUCUGAUCCUCUAAGUGAGGUGAGUGUGCGUCCAUUUGUAGAAGUUUCUUUCCAGCACACAGUUUAUCAAACUAGCACUGCAGAUGGAUCUCAUCCAUGCUGGAAUGAAGAACUUCAAGUGGAUUUUAUAUCACCAGGACAUGAUUAUAGCUUUUCAGGACUGUCUAAAAUAAAAGACAAUAUAUAUGUCAACAUUUUUGAUGAAGUUAGGAUGGAAAAACAUGAGGAUACUUGUCUUAAGGGUUGCAGUGGCCACUCGUAUAUAAGAAAGAACUGGUUUGGAUCAGUUACUUUUCCUUUUUCUGCUCUUCUGGAACAAUCAAAGAUCUGUGGUACAUUUCAAGUAAAUAUGCCACCAGUUUUGCUUGGAUACACUUGGAGCAAGACUUGUGUAUCUCCUAAAGAAGAGCAUUGUGGACAGAAUUUAAAAGAAUAUACCUUUUUAACCAUCUUUGCUACAAUUGAACCUCAGCUAUCUUCUGUUGAAAAUGAUUCAGAAUCAGAUAAGUUUGCAGAUUGUGAAGAUGAAACACUUUUACAAAGAGCAUGCAUUUUUAAAAAAAAUUGCAAGGCAAAAUUUCCAAAAAGAAGAAUAACAACCUCUGUUUUUGACAAUGAAGGAAGAAAUACUUUAGUAACAAAAUAUAUUAGGGCACUAAAUCCGCCACAGCUGCUACUAGAUAUGUAUCCUGAUGAUCCUAAUGCAACUUUUGAUCUUAUUUCUCGAUUUGUGUCUUUAAUUCCUUGCGUAUCAGAUACAUUGAAUGAAAAUGCUGAUGUUGAUGUUUGGAUGACAUCAGAGCAUUGCAUCAAUUUGGCUGUUGGAAAUAAAGAAGAGCAUGCAGUGCUUCUGUGUAACUACCUUCUGUAUUUUGGGAAAAAAGCAUGGGUACUGUUGGGAACAUCAGUAUUAGAAGGAAAAGUGGCAUAUGUAUUAACUCAUGAAAAUGAAGAAUAUUUCCUUUGGAAUCCCUUGAAUGGACAGUGUUAUAAACAGUUUGAUACAUUUUGUCCCUUACAGAGUGUUGACUGCUUAAUCAAUUGGGAAAACGUCUGGUUUAAUACACAGCAAAACAGUUCACCAACGUGCGUAAGUUUUGAAAUUUCAAAGGAAGGUUUUUGGAGACAAUUUCUACCACACAAUUUUCAAUGCAUAAAAACACAAACUGUACAGCCAAAAGUAAUACUUUACACCCCUACUAAUGGAAGCAUGGUAGAAGAACUACAGAACAGGAUCGAAAAGACCUUAAAAAGUAAAAUAAUGGAAUGGCGAUUUCAUCAACCAACUCGGUGGCAUCGACAAUGUACUGCUCUUCUACGACAAAUUCUUCCCAAGCUAGAAUUAAGAAAUAGGAGCUUUGUUACAGACAAAGAAGAAAAUGAAUUGGAAAGUUUACUGGAACAUUAUUGGGUGACAGGAUACCCUAUCCAGAUGCCAUACACAGAUUUAUCAUCAAUAAGCGAGGCUGUGUAUCAAACUGGCAUUCAUUCUUCAGAAAUCCCCAAUACAGAAUUUGCUCUUGCUGUGUAUAUUCAUCCAUAUCCAAACAACAUCUUAUCUGUAUGGAUCUACUUAGUUUCUUUGGUCCGUCAUCAGUAAAUAGUGUCGAAUUCAAUUAUAAUUAAACUAAGUUACUACAUGUUACCUCUCAUGGUUUAAGAUGGUUAUUUAGGCAUGAGAACUGGGACACAAGAAGCUAAUUUUAUACCACAAGAGAUAAGCCAGUACUAUUUAUUGUACAUUAAUAGAAUCUUGUUACUGUAGAGAGAUUGUAGCUUCUAAAAAUUCUAAUUAGAUCCAUUAGCUCUAUUAUAAAUUGACCUUAUCAUUUUUGCUAAUUUCCCAAUAAUCUGAGACCAGCAUUAAACUCCUGUAAAUAAUUAAAAUGAUCAUAUUUAGUGUCCAGAGAAGUUGUUUAAAUGAUUUCUUGGGGAGUAGAGAGUAAACCCUUUGAGGAAAGAUCUUAAUGGGUUGUUUUAUAGAAGUAUUAGAAUUUAGGGUCUUGCUGCCUCAACACAGUGAAUUUCAAACAUUCCAAGAGUAACACACAGUUGAUACUAUUACUUAAAUAAGGUGCUGUAGAAUAUUGUGGAAUGCAUAUUAAUGUUUAACUGGUAGAGACACAGUAGUUUACAAUGAUGAAUGUGAAAGUUGUGGAAUAAAAUUCAAGUUUGCAACUUUAAUAUCCAGAGGCUUCCCUAAAUCUUAGGGCAUUGUCCUACUCCUUUGAAAUCACUGGGGACAGGAACAGAUCCUUAGCGUCAUUGCUAACUUGUGAAGUUCACUUUGUGUGUUAUGUUUUAUAUUCUUUUAAUUUUCAGUUGUAAGGUUUUGUGGAAUGAUUAACAACAAAUAUUUUGUUCAAGCGAUGUUAUGAAAAUCCUUACUUUCCUUUAGCAGAAUGUUUACAUUUAAUUUUUUAAAACUGUACGAGUUUAACUUUAGCAUACAACAUUUAACUGUAAACAAUAUACUUCAUUAUAGGGAAACAUUCAAAAGCGUAAAGCAAAGCUGUCAAAUAUAUAAAUGUUUUUAUUAUACACUUUAAAAGUUAUAAUAUUGAUAAGUAAAUUAGUGGUUUAUUAAUAUUUGAUAUAGAAUUUUAAAAUAUAAAGUAUAAAAUAAACUAAGGAAUAAAAAUAUUCAUUGUGUAUAUUAAAAUAUUUAUCAACACAUUAGAAAAUGCCAUUGCUGAUGUCACUUGGGACAAUGUGG